AUGCUUCUGUUGGCAAUCUUAUUUCAGGAUGAUACAACAUUUGAGAAGCAAAGUGCUCUAUUUGCUUUGGCGAUUUCAGACAUUUUACUGAUCAACUUGUGGUGCCAUGAUAUUGGUCGGGAGCAGGCUGCCAACAAACCCCUUCUGAAAACAGUAUUUCAGGUUAUGAUGCGUUUAUUUAGUCCUCGCAAAACUACCCUUCUCUUUGUAAUACGCGACAAAACAAAGACCCCACUUGAAUAUUUGGAGCCUAUUCUGAGGGAAGAUAUUCAGAAGAUUUGGAGUACUGUUCCCAAACCCCAAGCUUACAAAAACACUCCUCUCAGCGAAUUUUUCAAUGUGGAGGUCACUGCACUAUCCAGCUACGAGGAGAAGGAAGAUGAGUUUAAAGAGCAGGUUGCGCAACUCAGGCAGCGGUUUUUCCAUUCUAUAUCUCCAGGAGGGCUUGCUGCUGAUAGAAGGGGUGUUGUCCCUGCAUCAGGAUUUGCUUUAAGUGCACAGCAGAUAUGGAAAGUUAUAAAAGAGAAUAAGGAUCUGGACCUUCCUGCUCACAAGAUCAUGGUUGCCACUGUACGGUGUGAAGAGAUUGCCAAUGACAAGCUCAGCCGUUUAAGAUCUGAUGAGGGUUGGUUGGCACUAGAGGAAGCUGUUCAAGCUGGUCCAGUGCCAGGUUUUGGGAAACGACUCAGCUCAAUCUUGGAAACCUAUUUUGCAGAUAUGGAUUACCCUAGGCAUAGACAAGAUAGUAGCCUACUUCAGAGAACUUCUGAGUUAGAGUCUCGAUAUGACCUGGAGGCUAGCUACUUUGAUGAAGGUGUAAGAAAUGCAAAGCGGCAGCAGUUGGUGUUGAAAAUGUUGCAGAUGGUGCAUCAUUCUUAUGUUGCUUUGUUGGGACAUCUCCGUUCUAAAGCUCUUGAAAAUUUUAGAACUAAACUGGAACAAUCAUUGCACAGAGGAGAAGGUUUUGCUGCAUUUGUUCGUAUAUGUACUCAGUCUUCCAUGCUUGAGUUCGAUCGGGGGUGUGCAG